GGAGGGACCCUCCACUCAGGGGCCCCAGACGGACGGAGGAGGUCGUAGACGCGCAGAAAGCGGAGCGGCGCUGCAAACCCCAAAUCUCUCCGGCGGCGGUGAAGGAAUCCCAGACAGAAACUCUCACCUGUAGCCGCGUCCUGCUGCACCCUGAGCGGGAUUGGUUUCAAACAAGAUGUCCGGCCGCAGCAGCAGCACCAUAGCCGGGGUGCUGGUCGCCCUGUGCAUCGGGAGCGCAGUGAACAGCAUGCCCCAGGGGACGCACGAUAACCAGCAGCAUUACCGCGCCGCCUCGGUCUCUUCAGAUGGCUGUAUAGAGAACGGUCAGCGAUAUAACGUUAACGACCAGUGGGAGCGUCUCUUUGUGGGCAAUGUCCUGAUCUGUACAUGCCAUGGAGUUGCUGGGAUUAAGUGCAGAAGCAAACCGGAAGAGGAAAGGUGCUACGACAAAGUCGGCCAGAAGUUCUACAAAGUGGGCGAGACCUUUGAGAGCCCCAAGGACGGCAUGAUCUGGGACUGCACGUGUAUCGGAUCCGGGAAGGGCCGAAUCAGCUGCACCAUUGCAAAUCGCUGUCACGAUGACGGAGCUUCCUAUAAGAUUGGAGACACCUGGAGGAGACCCCACGAAGGAGGCUACAUGCUGGAGUGUGUCUGUCUGGGCAAUGGAAAGGGAGAAUGGACCUGUAAACCUGUUGCUGAGCGCUGCGUUGACCAGUCGGUCGGCAAGUCCUACGUUGUCGGGGAGAUGUGGGAGAAGCAGUACCAGGGAUGGAUGAUAAUCGACUGCACCUGCCUGGGAGAGGGAAAUGGAUUGAUCACGUGCACAUCCAGAAAUCGCUGUAACGAUCAGGAUACUCGGACCUCAUACCGAAUCGGAGAAACAUGGACCAAGACAGACUCUCGCGGCCACCAGCUCCAGUGUCUCUGCACAGGGAACGGCCGUGGAGAGAUGAAGUGUGAACGACAUGCCUCACUUCACACCACAGGCCUGGGCAGUAACUCUCAUGUGGUAACCAACAUCCAGCCUGCAGUCUACCAUCCUGUCACUGUACCAGAGCUUCUCCUGGAGGGACCCUGCAAGACUGACUCAGGACUUACAUACUUCAAUGGACAGCGCUGGAUCAAGACCCAGGGAGACAAAAAGAUGAUCUGCACCUGCAUGGGCAAUGGAGUAAGCUGUGAUCAGUGGGAUGGACCAGCUCCGGUGUACGGUGGCAACUCUGGAGGCCUUCCCUGCGUGUUCCCCUUUGUCCACAAGGGGAAGACCUACCACUCCUGUAUCUCUGAAGGACGCAGCGAUGGGCAGCUGUGGUGUUCUACUUCUUCAGACUUCGACAAAGACCAGAAGUAUUCUUUCUGUACAGAGAGGAACGUGGUCGUGAUGACGCGAGGCGGUAAUUCCAAUGGUGCUCUGUGUCAGUUUCCAUUCCUCUUCAAUGGCAAAAACUACACUGACUGCACCUCCGAGGCUCGGAGGGAUGGCAUGAAGUGGUGUGGCACCACAACCAACUACGAUGAAGACCAUCGUUAUGGGUUCUGCCCAAUGACUGCAAAUGAAGAAGUAUGCACCACCACUGCGGGGCUGAUGUACCGCGUCGGUGACCAGUGGGACAAGAGACACGAGGUUCUUGGUCACAUGAUGCGUUGUACCUGUGUCGGCAAUGGAAGAGGGGAAUGGAACUGCGUGGCCUACUCCCAGCUUAAAGAGCAUUGUCUUGUGGACGGAGUGACCUACGAGGUUAACCAGACCUUCACCAAAGAGCAUGACGAAGGAUACAUGAUGAACUGCACCUGCUUUGGUCAGGGCCGCGGCCGCUGGAAGUGUGACGCCAUUGACCAUUGCCAGGACCCAGAGACAAGAACCAACUACCAGGUUGGAGAGUCUUGGGACAAAGUCAUCCAGGGAGUCAUGUAUAAGUGCAUCUGCUACGGCAACGGUGUCGCAGAGCAUGGAUGUGAGCCCCAGCUGUCAUAUCCGGGCGGCCAUCAUCCUGUCCAGGUGAUCAUUGCCGAGUCUGGGCAGCAGAAUUCCCAUCCUGUUCAGUGGAAUACUCCGUCGUCAGCACAUGUAACCCAGUACAUCCUCAAAUGGAGAGUGAAAGGCACAGUUACCCCAUGGAGAGAGGUUAUCAUCCCUGGCCAUCUUAACUCCUACACCAUUUCUGGACUCAAACCGGGGAUUACCUACGAGGGCCAGCUGAUCAGUGUGCUGCGGUUCGGACACAGAGAGAUCACUCGCUUCGACUUCACCACCACUUACGGAUCAUUGAUUCCAUCAUAUGGAGAAACCACCCCUCUUCCCCCUGUGGUCGAGAUCUCCGAGUCAGUGACAGAAAUCACCUCCAACAGCUUCGUCGUCUCCUGGGUCUCUGCCUCCGACACCGUGUCGGGUUUCAGAGUGGAGUAUGAGCUGAUCGAACAGGGCCAGGCGACCGGACAGCCUUUUGUUCUGGAUUUGCCCCGUUCAACCACCUCGGUCAACAUUAAUGAGCUUCUGCCAGGGAGGAAAUACAACGUCAACGUCUAUGAGGUCACAGACGGAGAAGAGGUCAACCUCAUUCUCAGUACUUCACAAACAACUGCACCUGAUGCCCCGAAAGAACAUGAAGUAGAGGAGGUGGGAGAUACCUCCAUUGAGAUCAGCUGGGAAAGACCCCUAGCUCCCAUCACCGGAUACCGCGUUGUCUACGUGCCGUCAGAGGAGGGCGAAAGCACGGAGCUGAAUCUUCCGGAUACAGCGACGUCUGUGUCGCUGGGUGAUCUCCUGCCGGGGAUCUCCUACAACAUCAGCAUCUACGCCGUGGAAGACAGUCUGGAGAGUGAACCCAUCUUUGUUCAAGUCAAAACUACUGGGGAACCGCUGCCAGACAAAGUGGCUUCCCCCUCCGACCUGCAGUUCUUUGAGGUGUCCGACAGGAAAAUCGUUUUGACCUGGUCGAGCCCGGCGGCUGGCUCGGUGUCGGGUUACCGGGUCACCGUGUUGCCCGUCGACGAUUCCGGCACUCCUCAGAGCGAGAUGACUUUGCCGGUCCACCAGAACUCCUACGUCGAAGUCACGCACCUCAACCCGGGCACGCUGUACCGCUUCAGCGUGUUCACCAUUUACAACGGGAAGGAGAGCUUACCGCUCGUUGGGGAGCACGCCACCAACCCCGAUGCGCCCACAGACAUUCACUUCGCCAACGUCACCGAGGACAGUGCAGUUGUGCAGUGGUAUGCUCCGCGUGCCAGAAUUACCGGCUAUCGUCUCUUCUUGAACUUCGGGAGCUCGAACCCCAAACAGCUUCGCCUGCCUGCGCACCUCACGCGUUACACCCUCCUGAACCUGCAGCCCGACACGCAGUACAACGUCACUCUGCAUUCGCAGCAAGGCAAUGCGCUGAGCGUAGGCGAGACGGCCACGUUCACCACAAACUUACCGAUGGGUAAUGCCCCCGAGUUUAACACGGAUGUCACCGAUACCUCCAUAGUAAUAUCCUGGUCUCCGGUUCCCCGCGUUGGAUACAAGCUCUCGGUCCGGCCCAGUUUGGGAGGGGAAGCUCCAAGAGACGUCAUCUCUGAAUCAGGAAGUAUUUACAUUUCUGGUCUGACUCCUGGGGUGGAAUACACCUACAGCGUCCAGACGGUUUUUGAUGGCCAAGAACAAGGAACGCCAGUCACUCGACAAGUCGUCACACCUCUGCCUCCUCCUACUGACCUGAACUUGGAGUCCAACCCAGACAACAGUGACAUUACUGUCCAGUGGAAUGGACCCAACACCCCAGACAUCACGGGCUUCAGAGUGACAUGCGCGCCCACCAGCGGGCAACAAGGAAACAGCCUGGAGGAAUUUGUGCAUGCUGGGAAGAACUCCUGCACCCUGGAGAACCUGAGUCCCGGGGUGCAGUAUAACGUCAGCGUCGUCACCGUGAAGGACGACAUGGAAAGCACUCCUGUGUCGACCGUCAUCACCCCAGAGGUGCCGCGACUGACCGACCUCACCUUCGAGGGCGUGACGGACACAACCAUCAGUCUCCGCUGGUCGCCGCUCAGCACCACCACCGUCACAGGUUACAAGAUCACGGUGGUUGCAGCUGGAGAGAGCAUCCCCAUCUUUGAAGACAUGGUCAUGCCGACCACUGGCCAGUACACGGUGCACGGACUGGAGCCCGGCAUCGACUACGACAUCAGCGUGACCACAGUAACGGAGCACGGCGAGAGCGAACCCACGACAUUCACUCAGCAAACCUCUGUUCCAGCCCCCACUGAUUUGAACUUCGGCGAAGUUGGACCCGACAGCAUCGAGGUCACCUGGGUCGCUCCUCAAGUCCCGAACGCGUCUGACAUCAACAGCUUCAUCGUUAGAUACCAUCCCCUCGACGACAACGUCAAGAUUAGGGAAAGCAGCGUUGGAGGCGAUACCAACCGUUUGGUGCUAAGGAAUCUGCUGCCUAACACGGAGUAUCUGGUGAGCGUGGUGUGUGUUUACGAGCAGCGCGAGAGCUCGCCAGUAGUUGGUUUCAAGAGAACAGCUUUGGAUUCGCCCGUUGGCCUGCGCUUCUCUGAAAUCAUGACCAACUCCUUCACCAUCCACUGGCAAGCCCCCCAGAGCCGAAUCACCGGUUACCGCCUCCGCUACCAGAUGGUGAGCGGCGGCCGGGCCAAGGACGAGAGGCUGCCCCCUUCAAGGAACCACUUCACCAUGACGGGCCUCGUUCCUGACACCGACUACCUGGUCAACAUCUACGCUGUGAGCGGGCUGCAGGAGAGCCUCCCACUCAGCGGGACGCAGAAAACAAUUUCUGAUGCGCCAACGGACCUGGAAGUGCUUGACUCCACCCCCACCAGCAUCACCGUUCGCUGGGUCGCGCCUCCGGUCACAGUGCGCUACUACAGGAUUACUCACGGAGAGUCAGGCGGUCACACUAAGGAGUUUACUGUGUCUGGCUCCAAGUCCACCGCUACAAUCAGCGACUUAAUGCCCGGUACCGAUUACACCAUCACAGUCUACGCCGUGACAGGCAGAGGAGACAGUCCUGCCUCCAGCAUCCCCAUCUACGUCACACACAGGACCGCCGUGGACUCUCCCUCUGAAAUGGAGGUGACGAACGUGAACGACAACAGCAUCACAGUGGGAUGGACUCCGGCUCAGGGUCCAAUCAAAGGGUACAGGGUGACCGGCGUCCCUAGAAAUGGGCAGGGACUGUCCUACACUGAGGUGGUGGCUCCAGAUCAGACUGAGUUCACUUUCUCGGGGCUGAUGCCGACAGCAGAAUACAUCUUUACCGUGAACGCUCUUGGUCAAGAUGGCCAAAGCUCUCCCCUGGUGGUGAAUGCUGUGACAAAUGUAGACCGUCCCAAGGACCUUACCUUCUCAGACAUCGAUUCCACUUCCUUGCGGAUCUCCUGGGACAGUCCCGAGGGACUUGUCACAUCUUACCGUGUCUUGUAUGCGAGCUCGGAGGAAGGGGAGAGAGAGCUGUAUCCGGCUCCAAGAGCAGAUGCAGAGACGGCCGUUAUUUAUGGCCUCCAGCCUGGAACCGAAUACACCGUUAAGGUCAUCGCCAUGCAUGAUGGCACAACCAGCACUCCUCUGAUCGGCACACAAGCUACAGCCAUUUCUUCUCCGACCAACCUCGAGUUCUCCAAUGUCAGUCCAACGUCUUUUACCAUGCGCUGGUCAGCGCCGGGUCAGGGAAAUCUCAUCACAGGCCUUUCGGGUCUCACCGGAUACCGCGUGGUGGUAAACCCAAAGAAGAACAGUGGACCCACCAAAGAGAUCAACCUGGCCCCAGACGCCACCCAGGCCAUCAUCUCUGGGCUCAUGAUUGCGACAACCUAUGAAGUCUCUGUUUAUGCCUUGAAGAACUCUCUCACCAGCAGACCAGUCCAAGGAGAGGUCACCACGCUGGAAAACAUCAGCCCGCCUCGACGUGUGCGCAUAUCCGAAGUUAAAGAUUCCUCCAUCACCCUCACAUGGAGGACAAAGGUUGACACCAUCUCUGGCUUCUUGAUCGAGGCCACGCCCGUCACCCCCUCUCCAAGCCAUACUCCCAUUCAGAGGACAAUCGGCCCCGAUUCACGCAGUUACACUCUCGCAGGUCUGGAACCUGGCACCACUUACAAGGUCAACCUGUAUACGCUGAAGGGCAACGGACGAAGCAUACCUUUUACACUUACUGCUACUACAGCUCAACCAGUAGUUAUUCCACCCACCAACAUUCGCUUCACCUCACUGAAUCCUACCAGCAUCUCCUUCAUGUGGGAGCCAUCGCACAGUCCAAGGAUCACCGGCUAUUAUGUCACUUAUGAGGAGGCUGGGGGUUUGCCCCGGGAGCUCAGUCCUAGACCUCACGCAGGCCAGAGCUUCGCCACCAUCAACGAUCUUAAACCAGGAACGGAGUACGUGAUUAAGAUUGUAGCGCUGCAGAACGCUUUGAGAAGUACGCCACUUGUGGGCAAAGCCAGAACCCAGCCAGCUCCAGACAUUACGACUGUUCAGGUGUUGGUACCUGACGUGCCAGAGCUUCCUGUUCCUCAUCGGCCCAGCAUCGACAUCCUAGAUGUCCCGGAGACCUUCAAUGACGAGAUUUUCGACUCUAACCACGUCCACCUGGCUGGCACAAGUGGUCAGAGCCAACCGGGCCAGCAUGGUCAGCACAUUUAUACAGAAUACCAGAACUUGGGCCCUAAUGUUGGACUUCCCAGCCCCUAUGGGGGACCCAGGGAGGGCCAGAGACCCACUCUCAAAGAGCCACUGAUUUAUAUCCCUGUAGCUGGCCCUGAUGGAAACAGAGUACCUCUAGUCAAGGUGAGCGACACCUCUCUGCCCGGUCUCGCCUUUGGCUUCCCCGACAACGAAACAGACUUGCCCCAAGAAGCAAAGACGAUCACGACCAUUUCAUGGCAACCCGUCCCUGAAACCACAGAAUACGAGGUUUCCUGUAACCCUGUCACAGAUCUGGAGGAAGGAGGCCUUCAGAUGCGUCUUCCAGGCUCCUCCAACAGUGCCACGCUGAUUGGACUGACGUCUGGAGCGUCCUACAAUGUUGUUGUAGCAGCUGUAACGGAUGGAGGCAAACAGACGGUUCUGGAUGACGUCGUCACUGUUGGCAACGCAGUUCCGGGCGACAUUCCUGCUACCACGGACGGAAACAUUUGUUACGACACGUUCACGCACACGUACCACGAGGUGGGCUCCGAGUGGGAGCGCAUGUCCGAGACGGGCUUCAAGCUGUGGUGCCGGUGCCUGGGGCUCGGCAGCGGUCACUUUAGGUGUGAUUCAUCCAAGUGGUGCCACGAUAACGGCAGUAAUUACCGCAUUGGAGAGAAGUGGGACCGGCGUGCUGAGAACGGCCACAUGAUGAGCUGCACCUGUCUGGGCAACGGCAAAGGAGAAUUCAAAUGCGACCCACAUGAGUCAACUUGUUUCGACGAUGGAAAGAUGUACCAGGUUGGGAACCAGUGGCAGAAGGAAUACAUGAGUGCCAUCUGUACCUGUACCUGCUAUGGAGGACAACAGGGCUGGCGAUGUGAGAACUGCAGAAGGCCAGGGGGACAGACCAAUGUGGAGGCUGAGGUUCUCCAGCCUGGUGGAGUAGAUGCCUUCCAGCGCUACAGAGAAAAUGCUCUACGUAAACUGAACAUCCAAUGUCCGAUUGAAUGCUUAAAUCCAGAGCUGCUUGCAGACGCUCAAAGCCCCUUAGAGUAGAGAAGGAGUGUGAAGGACGGAGGAAUCGCGUCGUGAAACCCAGUAAAAUGUCAUCACUUCAAGAAGGAAGCUUCCUCCUGAUGCAUCAAGAGACGACAUUUCCAUCAGAUUUGUGCCUUAAAGAUUUUCACUACGGCUACAGUUAGGGCUUUAAUGAACUCUGUCCCUUAUCAAAGAUCUGGAGGGGUUUGAUCCUCUCGUUUUCUGCAAACAGAAUUUCUUCAGUGGAGAAUUUUUCCUUUUUUUUUUUUUAUUUUUUUUUUUACACAAAUCUCUCAUAGCACAAAUACUCCUGCAGCGUCACCUUAAACAUGCAUUCACAAAACAUAACGUUCUACACACAGAUACACAAAGGGAUUUGGGGUAAUUCUAAAACAUCUUAAUGUUUUGCCUUUCUAAACAAAACAAAAAUCAGCUGAAGUACAGUAUAAGAAUAAAAAAAGGUUGUAAAAUGUGUUUAAGCAAUACACACUGGUGUCACUGAAACCAGAUUGUAUUCAGAAAACAUUUAGGCCAUGAUAACUUGCAUUUUUCAAGUGCUUAGAUAUUUCCACAUCAGAAGAGUCUUUUUAUUCAAAGAAACUGCAAAGCCAUAUAGUAUUUUAUUGUUUCUUAAACCUAUUUCAGGGUAUCCUGUUUCUCUGUGGUCAUUGUGCUGCUUUCCUGUUGAGCAGUUUAGGGAUUAGUUUACUUACUCUGCUUUUGAUACGAAGAGAUAAAUCAGCACGACAACAAAAAAUCAGCACUGUUUCUUCUGAUGUGGUAUUAUACUUACCAGCUGUUCUUACUGUGUACAUUUUUUAAAUUCAGCAAAUGUGGGCAUUUUCUGUCGACUACAGAACAUAUUUUCUUAAUAUAAGAAAACAGAAAACAUUUUUAAAUCAUUUUAAAACUCGAAGCCCACUGACCGAAAGUUAAACUGUUGAUAAAUUUCCAAUAUUUUCAAAUGAAAUCUGGUUAUGUUUGUAUUUUUAAAGUCUUUACUUCUAUUUAUCCCUUUUAAACUUAGUCAUCUGGCUCAGUGCUAUUUUUGGGGUGUAAACUUUUAUUUUUAUCAACAGUUUUUGUUUCUUCCUUUGUUUUGUUAAGAUGUUGUCACCAGACUCUGAACUACUGUGGAGCGAAUCUUUUUUUUAAAUAAAUUCAAAAGGAAAUAA